AUGGCCUCCUCUUCUUCUCAUUUGACCCCAGACCAAGAACACUCCAUCAUGGUCUCAGCUCUCAAGCACGUUAUCAUCGGCGGUGAUAGUGAUGAUCCCAAUGGCACCCGGCUGCUAAAAGCCCUCCAAUCUUCCACAAGUACAAUGACCAACUUCUUCCCGCCGAAUAAUGAAGAAGAGAUGAAACAGAGUAAGACUGAGAUGAGGAAGAAGAAGUACAGGGGAGUCCGACAGAGGAGGUGGGGGAAGUGGGCUGCGGAGAUCCGAGACCCCAAGAGAGCAACCCGACUGUGGCUUGGCACGUUUGAGACUGGGGAGGCGGCAGCUAGGGCUUAUGACAAGGCGGCCAUUGAGUUCCACGGAGCCAAAGCCAAGCUUAACUUCCCAUUGUCAGAUUAUACAGAGGGACAAAGCUCGGAACCACAACCAGAAACUGAAGAGCUUAGAGCCAACUCGUUGGAGAAGAAGAGUGAGAGUGCAGAGACUAAUUGCAGUGAUUUCCUUCCAGAAAUUGUUGAUUUCUUCAAUAAGAUUCUCCUCUUUAUCUACAGGAAAGAAAUCUACAAUGGGCCUGAGCUGAUAGCCAUGGAGCAGAUCGCCGUCCAAUCACCACCAGGCAACACCACCUUGCAAACGGGGCCCAGGAAAGUCUUCCCAAUCAUGCUGCGCUCCCGGAGGCCGAAGCCGAAGGAUGAAGCCCAAGCCAACGGCAAUGAGCGAGGGUAG